AAUGCCACUAACUAACAUUGUAAUGAGGAGACCGAGUGAUAUAAAAGUCCAGCGUCUUAAAGAUUAGGCACUUCCACAAAAAAAAAGUUAGAUCGCUCUAGUUUUUAGUUGAAAAAAUGUGAAGUUGAAUCAUAAUAGAAACAGAUGGAGGUUACCUCGAUCAAUUUCAUUACCGGUGACCAACUGUGAAUCUGAGCCGGACAGGGUUCAGAUUGCAUGGUUACCCAUUUUCCUCCUAGAACCUGAAAUCGUCGUGUCAAGUCAAAAUCCAACCAAAAUGAAUCGGAACAUAAGCCGUUUUAACAGUUCUAGCUCGGGACCCGAUGCGUUCAAUUUCGAUCGCCCAGCCUGGGUGGCGAACACUCUAGCCGGACUGCUCAUAUUUACCAUCGUGAUUGAUAUCCUGGGGAACCUACUCGUCAUUUUGUCAGUUUACAGGAACAAAAAACUGAGGAACGCCGGAAAUAUAUUUGUUGUCAGCCUGGCCAUUGCAGAUCUUGUAGUGGCAAUUUAUCCAUAUCCCAUGGUCUUGACAUCAAUAUUUCAUAAUGGCUGGAACCUGGGCUAUCUGCAUUGCCAAAUCAGUGGUUUCCUGAUGGGUUUAAGUGUGAUUGGAUCAAUUUUUAACAUCACUGGCAUUGCCAUCAAUCGAUAUUGCUACAUUUGUCACAGCCUGAAGUACGACAAGCUCUACAGUGAUAAGAAUUCUUUGUGCUUUGUAAUCCUCAUCUGGGCCCUGACAUUUAUAGCUAUCGUCCCAAACCUGUUUGUGGAAUCUUUACAAUAUGACCCGAGAGUCUACUCUUGCACUUUUGUGCAAUCUGUGAGCUCUGCCUACACUGUUUCAGUGGUCUUCUUUCACUUCAUUCUUCCCAUCUCUAUUGUCACCUUUUGCUACCUGAGAAUAUGGGUCCUCGUCAUCCAGGUUAGAAGACGAGUGAAGCCGGACAUGAGACCAAAAUUGAAGCCUCAUGAUUUGCGAAAUUUUGUGACAAUGUUUGUGGUUUUUGUGCUCUUUGCUGUCUGUUGGGCACCGCUUAAUAUUAUUGGUCUUGCAGUUGCCGUGAAUCCGGAUACAAUUGCCCCACGAAUUCCAGAAUGGCUAUUUGUUGCCAGUUAUUUCAUGGCAUAUUUCAACAGCUGCCUUAAUGCGAUAAUCUAUGGACUUUUGAAUCAGAAUUUCAGGAGAGAGUACAAGAGGAUUAUUAUCUCAGUGUGCACGGCACGGAUUUUCUUCCUUGAGAGUUCCAAUGAUGCUCCUGACAGAAUGAAAAGUAAACCUUCUCCUUUAAUGACAAACAAUAAUCAAGUGAAAGUAGAUUCUGUCUGAAUGGUUUUUGCAUUCACUCUAUGUGCCAGUCAAAGAAGCUACAAAGAAAAGCACAUUGUAUAGAAUCGAUGGAACAUAUAAAAUGUAUAUUCAAAGUUGCUAAACAUAGGAUUGCAUUUAUCAAGCGUGUUAAAGUAUGAAGAAAACAAUUCAUUUAUACACAGAACUAAUAUUCAAGAGAAAGUCUUCAUUUGAUUAUAGUCAUAUUCCUACAGAAAUACUGUAUAUAAGGAGAAAGAUUAUUUUUAAUAACUAACAAAUCCUUAAAAAGGCUUAGCCUGCAUGUAAUGGAACUUGAAAUAUAACAUUUGGCAAUUUACUAAUUUUAAAAAUGAAAAUGAGAUAAUAUUUUAUUGGCAAAAUAUACAGUAUCUUUAAAGAAACUUGAAAAGGUAAAUUGCUUAGCCCUAGCACAUAGGGUGGACUAUACAUUAUCUUGGAUAGGGUGCAUGCUCUCCUUAUAUACAAAUACAAACUUAUUUUUCUAACAGUGCUUUCAUGGUGCUUGGUAUGAUAUCUUUGGUUUCAAUGUAAAGAUAUGUGAAGCUCUACAACUUGCAUAAUGCUAUUGAUUUUGAAAAUCAAGAGUCUAUGAAUGUGAAUGUUUACAGAGCAACUUAUCCCAUGUGUAACAAUUGAGCUAAAGCAUUUAAUUCAGAAGUUAAUUAUAUGGAUAACUGAAUGAUUGGCAGAAUUGUGUCUAUGUUGUGCAAGAUUAGAACUUUGCUUUUUAUGUGUCAAUCAUCCUGAAUAUAUCACUUUACUUAAUGAUAUUUUACCAGUACUUAUGGUAAUUAUGUCAAACGAUUUUCAACUAAUUUGCUUUUAAGAGAUUAACUGUUCUUUAUUUAAUUAGAAACAUGCAGGAUAAAAAUUCAGCAGUGUUCUCUUUGAAGUCUAUCACAUUGCAAGGUAGCUGCACCCGCCCAUAUUGAAGAAUUGCUGUGAUUGAUAACUAUGACCUUGAAGGUGGAUCUGAAGCUUCUCUAUUAGAUAAAUAACUACUAUAACUGUAAAGAUUAAGUUAAAAUUCUGAGGUUUCCCCAGGUGAUUUCCAGUCAGAAGAGAAACAUGCAUUCAUAGAUCUUCAACUCCAAUAAAAACCAAAACUCUAGCAGUGUAAAGUGAUUCACUUCAUGUUGGAUUUGAAGCUCAUGAGCACAGUCAGGAACUUUUCCUCGAUGAGAGCUCUGGUUUUGUUGUCUAAGCAGCUAAUUCUACAGUGGUUUGGCAUUACUUCUAGACAUGCCUCUGAAGUAUUUCAUGAUAGCCAAACUUAUAACUAAGGAGUAGAAUAAAGAUGAAAACUGGUUCUACACAAGUGCUCCAAAGUCACCCAGUAAGACACAGGUCUGUGCUGGGCCAGAACAAUUUUUUUCUUCCAUUUAUAGAUCUAAAAAGUGAUUUAGUCAUGCUUAGAGUCCAAUGCUUUAAAAUUAGCAUCGUGUAUCCACAGAAUAAAUUACGGGCAUUUGUUAUGUCUUACUUUUACAAACCAAUGUCAUUUAUCUAGAAUUAUCAGUAGAAAUAAUGCUGUUACAGAAAACAUCAAAUUGCAUUAUAAUAAAAUCAUAUAAAGCUGAAUAUACUAUGUACAACAGGCAGCAUCUGAGGAAAGAAAAACAGAGUUCAGGGGUUUGAAUUGAUUCAGGAUGAUUUGUUGUGAUCAAGGCAUUUUGACCAGAAAUAUGUACAGUUGCUACCAAAACACCUCAGUACAACCAGAAUUUUUUUUUGAUUUUGUUUCAGAAUUCCAGCAUCCCCAGUGAUUUAUUUGCAUUUGAAAUAAUAUUACACAAACGGUUUUCGUAUUUUAAAGUUAUUUACUCACUGAACUUGUAUAAUAUUAAAUGCAGUACACAUUGCCUUAAUUAUUCAUAUCACACUAACAUUUUUGUUAAAGUCCUUAUCAUCAAGUGGCAUCAUAAAACCCACUAGAGAUAAGUAGCAUUGUCUAAUUUCCUUCUCUGUAGAAACAUGUUUCCCUCAUUGGAGGACAGAUAGUCUUGUGUGUAUUGUUUUCAACCAGGUGCAUUGUGACUAAAAUUGUAGUUGUUUUCAUUGGUAUUGUAUACUCAUAUACUCAUUAUUUACCUUACACUGGGUAAACAAGCAUCCAAUGACACAUCAUUAGGACUAUAUUUAGUGUGCAGUAUAUACCUGUAUUUCUAGAAUAAAUAGCUCAGUACAUAUGGGAUUGUGUCUUUCUUAUCCAUUCAAUUAUUAUGGGAGAGAUUAUGACUUGA